ACUGAUUAAAUUGCCACUAUGUAUUUUAAACACUACAAGUCUCUAUGCAUUAAUCGUAAUGCUUGGACCACCUCGAUUAGGAAUGGAUGAUGUUCUUAGAUUAAUAGAUAAAUUAUCGAUGUAG